AUGACAGGCGCCGCUCCCAUUGACAUUGCCACCCGACAGUCGACCUCCGUCUCACCACCGGGGCAACAGGCAUCAAAUCUCACCUCCGCUCUGCAGAAGGCCGGCACAGGUGAACGAACAGGUAGUAUAUCGUAUCAUCCUAGCGGCGGGCUCGGGGUAUUCAAGGCCCCGCCACCUCGCAAGGAUUCCAUCGGCGCCGCCACAACACAAUGGGGGAACGGGACGAAGCCUAUCUCGAUGUCCGGGUCUGCCCGCGACAAGGGCCGGCGGGAAUCUCUCGCAGGAAGCUUGGUCGGUGGCAUGAGCUGGGGUGGUGUGUCUGUCGGAAGUUGGAUACGUGACGAUAUCAUCAUGACCGGCACCUCUCCAUUUACCUUCCAGUCGCCUUCUUUCCACUCCUCCUCAUAUCUGCCGAAGCUGGAGGCCAACUUCAUGCGGGACUUUUCGUGCUGCGGUGUGACGUUACCGACGCUCCAUGACCUAUUACAACACUACGAGGAAGCCCAUGCGACCAAAUCGCCCAACCAAGGACAUCGCCCGAGCCAAGGUGAAAACCGGGCUGCCAUGGCAGCCGCGGCGAUCGCACAGCAGCAGAACCAGCAACAUGGCAACCAAGGGCGCAGCCUGCAGCCCGACCGCAGCCUGGAUAUGCAGCGCAAAAUGGGCCAACCCCCUUCCGUAUUACAGCAUGCGGAUCUAGACACGAUCGAUGACAUGGAGUUGGACGACCCUAUGGGGGACGGGGAUGCCACGACCGCGCAGCUCUUCUCCCCUCAGCUACGCGACGGUGGCCAAGGCGGAUUUGGCAACUCCAACCAGGGCCCACAAUUAAACCUGGGCAUGCUUCCUAGCCAUCAAGGCUUCAACACACCCUCUCAACCCGGUACCCCGAUCGGAUCUGGACGCCCACUCUCCCUGUCGAACAAUCCCACCGUAUCCUCCGUCAACACCCCGACUCUCAUGGCCAACCCGCUGCAAAACUCUCAGUUCCGAAAUACCCCCGAUUCGUCCGGACCCGGAACGCCCUCUGAAAUUGACGACAGCGUGGUAGGCGGGUUUGGUGAUCUCACUAUGCAGCAGAAUGCCAUGGGCCAGAACCAGGCUCAGUACGGACGCUUCCCUGGCAACAACGAUAUGGUUGAUUUGUGCAUCGAUGAACCGGCCAAGCGGCUGUUCAGCCCGAGUGGUGGUAUGGGCACUCCCAAUGCCCACUUCAAGCUCAGCGGAGCCCAGUAUGGGCCCAACAGUGAUAUUGCACGGCGAAUCCGUGAACAGCAGCUUCUGGCUGGUGUUCCUGACACCACUUCGAUUCUUCCUAAUGAAGAGCCUAAGCCCUUCCGCUGCCCUGUCAUAGGCUGUGAGAAGGCCUAUAAGAACCAAAACGGUCUCAAAUAUCACAAGGCUCAUGGCCACAAUAACCAACAACUUCAUGACAAUGCCGAUGGUACCUUUUCCAUCGUCAACCCGGAAACGUCAACCCCCUACCCUGGUACCCUGGGCAUGGAGAAAGAGAAGCCGUAUCGCUGCGAAGUGUGCGGCAAGCGCUAUAAGAACCUCAACGGGCUUAAAUACCACAAAUCACACUCGCCACCUUGCAACCCGGAUUUCCAGCUCGCAGCUGGCCGCAACCUGAACCUCGGGGGCGGCGUUAUGCAGGGACAGAACAUCAACGUUGCUGGAGCUGGUCUCCCCGGAAUCGGCGAGGAGGGUCUCUUGUGA